AUGAAUUCUCUCAGUUCAAUACCCAUUCCCUCUCUAAAACAGAUUGGCUUGGCUACUCUCUACAUUGGAAGUGCACUGGCAUGGCCUGAACCUCAUGGGGCCCCUUCAAGAAAUGUCCCCAGGGAUGAUUUCCCAAUGUUCAAUCCUCUUCCUAGCACCGAUCUCAAUACUCGUCUCAUUCGAUGCGAAUACCCAUCCAUGAAGGGUUGGGUUUACUCCUAUAAGAAGAAUGGUGACUGGCUAAGAUAUGCUGGAUCGAACCCGGGGGAUAUCACUGAAUAUAACAUUGACACAGACAAUGAUAAAUAUGUCCCUCAAGGAAUUACACGGAAGUACCACUUAGAAGUAACGGACGAGUCGGUGAACAUGGACGGAAUGGUUUUUGAUAAAGCUAAGGUGUUCAAUAAGCAAUAUCCAGGACCAUGGAUUCAGGCAUGUUGGGGGGAUGAUCUUGAAAUUACUGUCACCAAUAAGUUGAAACAUAACGGAACCGCUGUUCACUGGCAUGGAAUUCGGAUGAUGGAAAACAUGUUUAACGAUGGUGUACCUGGAGUGACUCAAUGCCCCAUCCCACCAGGCUCCUCAAUGACUUACAGAUUCAAGGCUAGCCAGUACGGGUCCACCUGGUAUCAUAGCCAUUAUUCUCUACAAUACGCGGAUGGUCUGUUCGGGCCAAUGACAAUCCAUGGGCCCUCGUCAGCGAGUUAUGAUAAAGCUGUUGAUCCACUAUUGAUGACAGACCAUCUUCAUGACAGCGCAUUUGAGGACUUUCACAAGGAGCUGGAAGGAAAGCCACCAGCAAUGGAUAGCAUAAUUUUAAACGGAAAGGGUGAUUACGAUCAAACUGGUGAUUUGGAGAAAAAAUAUCGUACCGUUCUCAAACCUGGCAAAAAGUACCUUCUAAGAUUGAUCAAUACGUCUGUUGCCACAACGUUCGUCUUUUCUAUCGAUGGCCACAAAUUCCAAGUUGUUGGGUCAGACUUCGUUCCAAUUGAGCCUUAUGAAGCUGAUCAUAUUGCGGUUGGAAUUGGCCAACGUUACCACAUUAUUUUGGAAGGUCUCUCCAAAGAAGAGGCCAAGAAAAACGGAAGAUAUUGGAUGAGAACGACCCCGACAAAGGGAUGUUCAAAGUUCGCUGAGGGAAGAGGUACCGACGACAGAACAGGCGUUAUUUACUACGACAGGGACGAUGGUAUUUCCCCAAACACUGAGCGUGGAGCUUUCUCCUUGGACUGCCGUGAUGAACCACUGGAAAACUUGGUACCCAAAGUGAAAUGGACUGUCCCUGACCCAGGCCUUGACGUGGCUGGUGCCUUCGAGAAAUCUGCCGAUGUACAACUUGGUAAAUGGCGAAGGCCUGGAUACCCUGAAACAAAUAGCCUCGUCUCUAACUGGGAGUUUGGUCCCGUCCCAAUGUGGAUUAACUACUCCGAGCCUAUUAUCAAGAACCUUGAUAAGGAGGAGUUCCCUUCAACGUGGGUAGUAUACCCGGCAGAAGACCAUCUCAUAAAUAAAUGGGUUUACCUUGUUAUUACAGGGAAGAAAUUAGACCCCAUUAGCACCCAAGUUGCUGUUGCCCAUCCGAUCCACCUCCAUGGCCAUGACUUUGUGCUUCUACAGCAAUCUACGGAGCCUUGGGAUCCUACAAAUGUCAAUCUCAAACUGAACAACCCUCCACGCCGAGAUGUUACUCUUCUACCUGCUGGCGGAUUUAUCGUCAUUGCUUUUAAACCGGACAAUCCAGGUUCAUGGCUACUACAUUGCCACAUCGCAUGGCAUGUGUCCGCCGGGCUGGCUCUCCAGGUACUCGAACGCAAAGAGGACUUGAAGGCCUUGACAUUGAAUAACCCCGAUUUUGAGUUUAUGAAAGAAAACUGCCAAAGAUGGGAUGCAUGGCACUCCGAUAAAAGCAACUAUUGGGAUCCAAAUGCUCACUUCCAGGACGAUUCGGGCGUUUAA